GCGCCCCCCACGCCCCCGCGCGAGCGCGAGCCGCCGGCGGAAGUGCUGCGUCGUGCACUUCCGGGUGUUGUCUGACCGCCGUCGCGCGUCUCGGGUCUCCCGGCCACCGCCCGGGUCGUGGAGCCAGGAGCGACGUCACCGCCAUGGCGGGCAUCAAAGCUCUCAUUAGCUUGUCAUUUGGAGGAGCAAUUGGCCUGAUGUUUUUGAUGCUGGGAUGUGCCCUUCCAAUAUACAACCAAUACUGGCCCCUCUUUGUUCUGUUUUUUUACAUCCUCUCACCCAUUCCAUACUGCAUAGCAAGAAGAUUAGUGGACGACUCGGAUGCCAUGAGUAACGCUUGCAAGGAGCUCGCCAUCUUCCUCACAACAGGCAUCGUCGUCUCUGCCUUCGGGCUCCCGGUUGUCUUCGCCAGAGCACACCUGAUUGAGUGGGGAGCUUGCGCCCUCGUUCUCACGGGGAACACCGUCAUCUUCGCGACUAUCCUGGGCUUCUUCCUGGUCUUUGGGAGCAACGAUGACUUCAGCUGGCAGCAGUGGUGAGCGGAGCCACCGGACUGUUGUCACAUGGACUUCUGUCAUCUGUUGGCCAUCCGCGCACAGGAGAUGGGGACCGCGAGGCCGAAUUGUCCCCAGCGCUCCCUCCUCACUCUUGUACGCCUGCUGUUUCCACGGGGACUUGCUAAGGAUUAAAAGGAUUUUCUCUUUUGGAAAAGCUUGACUGGUUUCCCACUUCUCUAGACUGUGCUUUCCAUGGUAUCCUGCUGAAUCUAAAAUACUUACGUGUUUUCCCUGUUCGGUUGUUUUUAAAUCAGUAUGCAAUGUUAAAUCUUUUUCGGAUGUAAUAACCAUUCACAUUGGUUCAGGAAUUCAGAACUUCUGGCUGUAUUACGGGCUAAAGUUCAUAUUUUUCUCUAAAUAUCAGUUAAUCCAUUAUAAAUAUAUAUAUAUGUAAGUAAGUUUUCAUUCAGUCAGGAUGACGUCACUUGCGGGUGAAUGCAAGCAUUCAGAGUGUUGACAUACUGUAUACACUAUUUACUCAGUGCAAAGACCGCUGCAUUUAUACCUCAGGGGGGCGAGUGACACCGCCCAUGCCCUCCAGAAGGGUUGCUGGUUUUGUGAAUGGAGAAUUAUUUUAUGGGAUUGCUACAAAAGAGUUGUUCAGGUUUAUGUUAAACUUUAAGGUACAAGUGUGACAACAAGCCAAAUUUGUGUUUGUUACUGUCAAAGCCAGUGAGGAAAACAAAGCUGGAAUUCCGCUGCUGAGUGCCGCUUUGUAAGCGACGGGUCCCGUGGCUCGGAAGGUGACAUGGACAUGCAUGGGACCGUUGUGUGUUUGCACUGUAGAUGCUCAAAAACUUUCCCCCGCUCCCUCCUUUUAACUUAUUUUGUACAUUGUAUAUAUUAAGUCAGAGAACUUUUCAAAUAUAGUUUAAUGGCAUUAGAAACGUGACUCCUAGGAAAACAACUGCUUUGCCAUACAUUCAGAGCGCCUCCCCCUCAAGGCCUUGCUGCCGUUCACAGGUGACUUGUUAGUCUUGCAGGUAAGACAGGGACGGGACAGUUGUGGGACUCAGGCCGUGAUAAGAGCAGUCUCUUGAGGUCAGAGACUGUGUGCGUUUCUUUCUCUUUUUUUGUAACUAUCAAGCCUGUCCCUGAACUAGCUCUUGUAGACCAGGCUGGCCUUGAACUCACACAGAUCCGCCUGCCUCUGCCUCCCAAGUGCUGGGAUUAAAGGCGUGUGUGUGUGUGUGUGUGUGUGUGUGUGUGUGUGUGUGUGUGUGUGUUUCAAAACCACUGAAGGCAGGCUUCCUGGCACCUUUUCCCUGCGGUCUGGCCUCAUCAUGAUAGACUUGCUGUUGUAAAGGUAUUUAUUCUACAGAUUAAUACAGAGUUGACAAAUCCAGCUGUGUCCCAGCUUCAAACUUAAAUCCAACCAAAAACAUCCCAAAGUGGGCUGACCAAAUUGUAGCGAUUAUUCGCAUCUUCGAUUCUCAGUACUCAAUUCAAAAGCUGGCCCUGAAAAUGUUCGCAUUGGUCGGCAGUAUUUGGUGAGGACGUGUGUAUGUUUCUCCAGUCUGCCGAUAGCAAAGGAAGUGUUCUGCCUUAGCCGAAAAUGGGUAACCAUGACAACUGUCUUUUGUUGUUUUCUAGAAUUUUAUUUCUCAAAAAAAAAAAAGGAACAUAUACAAAAUUUGUUCCGCGUUUUCCUAAAGAUGCCCAAAGCGGCAGGGGAGCUGCGUGAAGUGUGCAAACGUACCGUGCCAUUUGUGGGUUAGACCAAACGUGGCUGGCUGAAGAGCGCUGAUGGAGGGCUGUGUGUGUGUGUGUGUGUGUGUGUGUCCGCGCGCACGCGCGCCCAUGGUCAGAACUCUGCCUGUCAUCAGGGUGGAGAGGGAAGUUCCUUCCCAGGCCCCUCUCCAUUCUCUGUUCCUUCACCAAUGCCUCGAGUGCUCUUGGCCGUAGACCCCUUUCUUUCAGCCGCAUAUUCUUUCUGGGUACACAAUGCCGCAGCAUUGUGUGUCGGACUGUGACACAGGCUUGCCAUCAGUCCCAUCUCUGAUUCCUGGGCUAGUUACUCGAGAGUUUUUCAUGAAUAUGCACCAACACGACAUUGCCAUUCUGCUGUGGAGAGAAAGAAAACUUUUGAUGAUGAAAUAAUAAAGAUUUUAAAUAUCCA